AAUUGCCGCACUCCAGUUGGACCAAUUGGUGUAUAAAAGGAUUUGUGCUGGCAGGAUGUGAAUUAAUUGUGAAAAUUUUCAUUGAAGUGCGGUUGGGCAGUGUGCUGCGGUGCUGACAAGAACUAAAUUUGAUAAGAGCAAUUUGCUUAUUAAUAAGUGAUUUGAAGUUCAUGUGCAAAACUAAAAAUAUAAAUUUAUUAUAAGCAAAAAAUAAAUAAUUUGUUAUAAACAAAUUGAAAUUAAUAACAAUUAAGCAAUAAAAUAAAAAAUGUCAAGAAAUCAAUUACCCGAUUCUUCGUCCUCGCCGCCAAUAAGCCACCUGUCGUUUCAUAAUUUCGACGAUGACAUGAUCAACGAUUUGCCGUCGUGCGUUUAUGCCGGUGCAGCGCAUCACGUAACCGCCGCAGCGGGUGGCCUUGGCGGUGGCGGCAGUAGCCUGCGUAUGAGCACAAGUAGUCUGCGUCAGAUGCAACAACAAUACUUACAACAUACGGAGAACCUACUGGAUUCUUCAACAGGAAUGUCGCUUGUCACGGCGAGCUCAUCCACGGGCUGUGGCGCUGGUGGCGGUGGUGGUAGUUCAUCCAUGCAUUGCAAUAGUCCGAAUGCGAGCAGCAGCAGUGUGGGUUAUGGCAAUGCCGGGACGGUGAAUGCAGCGGCUGCCGCAGCUGCUGCAGCGGGCUCGACUCCUUACAAGCUGCAGCGGCAACAGGCGAACGUGCGCGAGAGGAAACGCAUCCAGAGGUCGGCACCAACUGGGUACACUAAAUGUAGCAUCAAUUCAGCCUUCGAUGAGCUGCGUGUUCAUGUUCCCACCUUUCCUUAUGAGAAGCGUUUAAGCAAAAUCGACACUCUACGCUUGGCCAUCGCCUAUAUUUCAUUGCUGCGUGAGGUUCUUCAGACCGACUACGAUCCACUCACCUAUGUGGAGAAAUGCUUGCGUGGCGAGAUUAAGGCAGAUCGUGCCAACUGGAACACAAGUGAUCUGACGGCACGGCUUUCUUGGAUCAACUGGGAAAAUCUGGGCGUACAUCCAGGCCGCCGAACUCUACUUACCACACUGGCAUUAUCCUCGGAACCAAUGUGCGGUGCACAUUGUGGUCCAUAGACAAACGACUUCGAGGACUAGUUUCUAGGAGUUUAGAAGCAUAUCUUUUAAUUUUGUUGUGAUACUACUUUAGUGCAACUGUCUUCCUUUUUCUGAAUUAAUUUAAGCUUAAAUUAAGAAAAAAUAUAACAAUUUAGUAUUAUUUGUAAAAUUUAAGUAUUUAUUCCCCUGCCAAAGCAAAUAAAAUAUAUUUGAACUGAGUUAACUAUUUAUGAUGGCAGUUCUACCGUGAUUAACUAGUUUGAUUGAUAAAGGGCUUGAAUAGAACUGUGAAUUUUUGACCGUAUGAAAGUUUCUUGGAGUUCGUCGAAAAUUAUGGUAUCCUUCAGGAAACAUAUUUAGAAUAAAAACCUGGAGAGUUCUGAAAGUGUAGGUUUAACACAUGAUGAAUUCGCAAUGCAUACUUAGAGUCACUUAUUGGAGCGUCAACACAACCAACUGUCUUGAUAAAAACCUCCGAAAACUCACCGAUCCAAACAGAUCCAAGCAGGGUUAGUUUGCCGAAAUAACAGCCCUUGGCCGUUUAAAAUCCGGGCCAACUCCGGUAACAUAGAAGCGGCUGUCUUGGGAAUUGUACUAAUUACGAGCUGGAUGAAGGAAUACAGACUGGUUGUUAACAUUACAGUCAAUAGCGCUCAAAU